AUGAAUGAGCUGGAGGCGAUGGAGUAUGUGAGACAGCAUACCAGCAUACCUAUCCCGAAGCUCUAUGAAGUGUACAGACACAAGAAUGGCACCAUCAGCCUAGUCAUGGAGGGCCUACCUGGGAACGGCAGCGACUAUGCUCGGAUGGGCCCACGGGAAGUUGAGGCCUUUGGUCGGGAGCUCUCUGGAUACAUUCUACAGCUUCGGAGCCUGGAGCCGCCAGAAGCUGGUUUUGUCGGAUCCGUCACUGGUGGACCGUUGGUAGAUCAUCGAGUUGGCCAUGUUCCCUUUGGGCCCUUCCACAGCGUCGCAAACUUUCACUUCUACCUACGCCUCGGCAGUCGCCUGCAGGAUUGGACACAGGGAGAAGUAGUGAAACGCGUCCACGCAGAAUCGCACAACUACAAGGUCAAGUUCACUCACGCUGACCUGAAUCCUCGAAACAUCCAGUACUACAAGGGCAAGAUUGUGGGCAUCAUUGACUGGGAAUUUGCGGGAUGGUAUCCAGAAUACUGGGAGUAUACCAAAAUGCUGUGGGCAGACGCGCCUAAUUAUAAACCAUUUUUCAGAGCUGUCGAAGGCGAGCCCAGCAUUGAGAAGUACCGCGAGGAAAUUGAGGCAGAGCGCGACAUUUGGCGGCUGAUUAGCCACUGGAGGUAUGAUGAUUACUACGGGGAGCAAGAGAAACGCGACGCUGUGUAUGCGGCUUUGGGAGAGGAUGUCGCGAGGAAGGCUUCUAUGCAACAGGCUCUCCAGACGACCUAG